ACGAGGCGCAUGCGGCCCGCGCGGCCCGGAAGGGGCGGGAUGGCGCCGGCCCGGCCGUGAGGGAGCGCGGGGGCCCUGAGGGAGCCCCUGGGCCGGUGCGGGAUCGCCAUGGAGUCGUGGCAGCUCCGCUUCGACACUCUGGAGGCCCUGCGCCUCUCCAGCAAGGGCCGGCUGAGCUACUGCAGCCACUGGCAGGAGGAUGAGGCUGCCUUGGAAGGAUGUGUGGCUCCCGUUGAGCUCUCCCCGUACUGCGGCUGGGUGCUGGACAGCCUUAGUGGGCAGUUAGCACAGGAAAUCACACCCUCCGGGACUUCAACGCCCAAACAAUCCACUCCACUCCCGAAACGGCCUUCUGCGGAGAGGAUCCCGCCUGGCAGCCACCGGAGCUCUUCACCACCUUCAUCCACAGAGCCCAGUGAGACCAAGGAAAAUGAUCAUCUUAGUCUCCUGGAAAUGAAUCAAGAGGUUGUUCCAGCAGUUCUGUCAUCUAAAGUUGCAAAAGUCGAAGGCUGCAUUCGGUUGUAUGAAGAGAUGCACAGGCUGAAAGCAAAGGAGAGGCUGAGGCAGCGGCAGGAGGAGCAGGAGCAGAUGGUGAGGGCAGCCUAUGCCCAGGCCAGUGAGCAGCUGAAGCGCUUUGAUGAGCUGAGGGAGCUGAAGCGGCAUCAGGAAUUCCAAGAGUUGCAAGAAGUGAUGGAGAAGAGCUCAAAGGAGGCUCAGGGGCAGCAAGAGAAGUUGAAGGAAGAACACCGACAUAGAGCAAAGAUAUUGAACCUAAAAUUGCGUGAGGCAGAGCAGCAGAGGCAGCGCCAGGAAGAGCUGGAACGUUUGCGCAAGGAAGAGGGCCAGGAGAGGCUGCGCCGCCUUUAUUCCAUCCAGGAGGAGCUGCUGCAGCUGAACCAGCAGAUUGAUCCCAACUACAGGCACAAAGACUUGCCCAGAAUCGAUCUGUCUGCGUACAGCAGUCGUGGCAACCAGAUCUGUGGGCUGGUGUCAGGGCUCAUCCGCUCCACGAGCGAGAAAGGGUUCCCAACUCAAGCAGAUGUGGCCAGCACUGAGCGAGCCCUGCAGGAGAUGCGAGGGUUGCUAUCCAGCAUGCAGCAGGAAAUCACUGCUGCUCUAGAAGAGAAGAAGAGGAAAGAUGAAGAGGAAAAGAAGCAAAAGCAGAAAGAGUUAGAGAAAAAAGAGCAGAUGAAGAGUCAGACUCCUGCCCCUGCACAGCAGUCGGGAGAAAAGCAGCAGAAGGAAGGACUUCAGGUUAAAACAGAAGAAAGUAUCAUGCAGUGGUACCGGCAGCUUCAGGAUGCUGCUGAGCAAUGUGUUGCUGCUUUCAGUGAAAUUGGAAACUGCAAAGGCAACACUGAGGUGAAGAAGAUAAAAACAAACUUGCAGAAAGCAGCUACAAUCCCUGUGAGCCAGAUCUCUAGCAUAUCAGGCUCUAAGCUGAGGGAGGUGUUUGACAAGAUCAAUAACCUGCUGUCUGGGAAGCCUGUUCAGACUGAAGGGCAAACCGUGUCGGUGACUCAGCAUCCACAGGGACUGGAGUUUGUUUGCUACAAACUUGCAGAGAAGUUUGUGAGACAUGGGGAAGGAGAAGUAUCUUUUCACCACGAUUCAGCUUUCCCAAUUGCUGUGGUGCUCUCAGGAAUCUGGGAAUUACACCCUCGAGUUGGAGACAUCUUUUUAGCUCAUCUGCACAAAAAGUGCCCAUAUUCUGUGCCAUUUUACCCUGCUCGGAAAGAAGGGACUUCUAUGGAAGAGUAUCAGAGGAUGCUUGGAUAUGAAGUUCAUGAUUCUAAAGUGGAAGAACAAGAUCAUUUUCUUAAAAGGAUGUCAGGAAUGAUUCGUCUCUAUGCUGCCAUCAUUCAGCUCCGCUGGCCUUAUGGAAACAGACAAGGGGCACAUCCUCACGGUCUGAGCUAUGGGUGGCGCUGGCUUGCACAGAUGUUGAAUCUGGAGCCUCUGGCAGAUGUGACAGCUAUGCUGCUUUUGGAUUUCCUGGAAGUGUGUGGCAAUGCUCUGAUGAAGCAGUAUGGGAUUCAGUUCUGGAAAACAAUGUUCUUUAUCCAGAAAUCCUAUAUCCCAAGAAUUGAAGCUGUGACCAGCUCUGGCCAGAUGGGCUGUUUGUCACGUUUGAAGAAUUUCGUGCAGAAAUGUCUACGUGCAGAGGAAAUUCCGUUACCAAAGGGGAUUCUGACACCUUCCUUUUGGAGAACAUAAAUCAGCCUGUAUUUCCUUUCCCCUUAAUGUUUAAUUCAAGAAGAUUUAUUUGUUAGACUUAAAGCUAAUCUUUGCAUUAGAUCUUUUUAAGUUUUUGUAUAAUAAAUUACUGAAAUUUCAAGACUUUUCCUUCAUAUGUUUACUCAUGUGGAAGAUGCUUUAAAUCCAUUGUCCUGAUGGCUCUGGAGGUUAAGGACUCUUGGACUGAAAAAUUGCACAGUGCUGUUUGGCUCGUGGAAGUGAAAAUACCUCACAGCUUUAUGAACUCUUAACAGCGUAAUCAAUCUCAAAAUUACUGCUAGAAAUUUAUUUUUGUAUUUCUUACAUCUUUUAUAAUUCAACUGUAAUUAUGCUGAUGGACUUGUUUGUCUCAACAUCAUCUGAAGUGUGUGGUGAGGCUGGUGAAGGUUGAGCGGUGCUGACACUUGUCUCCCUCGGAUGUAACUUCACUCCAAGACAGGCCUCUGGGUUGGAGGGAGGUAGACUUAACUGCUCCAGAAGGUUUGUGGGGGAAAGAAGAACUCCUGUAACAAUCAAAAUUCUAGGGUUUUUUUUUCUGUUGGAGAAGGGGCAGUCAAGAAAAUCCACAGCUCCUUGAUGAACAGGGAGAUGGGAAAUCUGCUGGAUUUACAGUGAGCUGCCCUUGAACUGUUUUGGUGGCCUCUAAGAUGAGAAAAUUUAUUUCUCAGUUCUACAAGGGAGUUAAUUAUUCUGGCAAUAUACUGUUGCAAGUUGAAAAUGUUAUUUUUACCAGACUGGGGUUGGUUUUUCCUAGAGGCACCACGGUUUGAAGCUGUAGAACAUGGAAUUGAGGUUCUCAUAUGAGAAUAUUAAUUUGAUUUUCUAUAUAGUUCUUGAGAUUGCUUAGAAGAGGUUGUAAUAUGCUUUGGAAUUCAGGCCUGUGAAACCCUUAACAUUGUCUUUAAAAUGGUCUAGCACCUAAGUUAAAUUUGUAUUUGGUUUAUGUAUUUUGUAAACUGACUCUGGAAUACUUUAGACUACUGUUACCUUGUGAUUGUUCUGGGAAAUUGGAAGUAUCCUCCUGGCGUCCUUUUUGCCAGAUAACUCUGAAGCAAUGCAGCUUUUAUUAGUAUACUUGAAAAUGCACACGAUUUUUUGAUACUGAGUGGAGAUGUUUUAAUUAUAUAUUGCAUAUUUCAUAAUUAUGGUGGAGAUUCACCUUGCCAAGACAGUAAUUGGUCCUGUCUGUUAGAAACAAUUGUCUGCCUGUGCCAAACCCAAGGAAGAAUUUGAUGAUGUACUUGUGAAAUACAGUACUACUUUUCUUUUGCUGACAGCUACUUGGGGUUUCUAACAUUUGUGGGGUAAAUAAAAGUAUAUAUUUUUAUAAAAAA